AUGCUGCGCUCACAGACAGCAGUAGGUACGCAGCCUAUCAAGCAGCCAGGUCCGUACGACCUGUUCCCUCGACCAGCCGUCGCAUCAUGGCUUGAUGGGAUUCAAGCUAAGAUUCAACAAGGGCUGAAUCCACCCGAUAGUCCAGGUCCAUCGAAAUCACCUUCACCUGUUCACGAAGAAGAAGAAGAAGAUGUUCAAGAACCAGUAGCAGAUGUAGUGCAGAAUGGUUUGUCAUUGGUUGAUCAGCAGCAGGAUUAUGAUGAAACAGAUGAAUUUGGUGAAGAGUUUGAUGAAGAUGACGACGAGGAUAUAGAAGAAGAGUACCAUGAAGAUGAAGGUAUGCGACAAGAACAAGGGCAUGAUGAUCAACAGGUAGAGAGCGAUGGCGAUAUUCAGAACGUCGCUUCUAGUCCGGACCAACCAGAGCCAUUAUUCCAGAUGUACGGCGAUGACGACGAAGAAGAGGAGGAGGAGGAUGAAGAGAAUGACCAGGAUGUUCAAGAAGUCCCAGAUAGAUAUGACGAACAAGACGAGGAUCAGGACGAGCUGUUCGAGUCUAGAUCUCAGUCAGAGUAUGAUCCUGCCUAUGGAGUCGUUCCUGAAGAAGAUGGAGCAGCGUACGUAGGAUCCGACGGUGAUGUCUACGGCGACGAAGAUCAGGAAGAAGAAGAUGAGGAUGAGGAGGAUGAACACGAAGAUGAAGAGGAGCAGGAAGAUGGUGAUGAAGAAGAAGAGGAAGAGGAAGAGCAAGUGGAGCAAUCUCACGGAGAAGAAGACGAAGAAUCCGAUGAUGGUAUACAAUAUAUGGGAACAUCCGAAUCACCUGCACCUAAAUCAGAUCCUCAUCAAUACGCUUCACCUCCAAAUACAUUAUAUCCAACUUUACCUCUUCCAUCUCCCCCGACAACUUACGUCGAAUCAGGUCAGACUCCUCAGUCAGAAGAGCAGAUCUCGCAAUUACCACCUUUCUCGGAAGAUGCAAUCGAUCCCAGCUUACUCGCUCAAAUCGUUCAGCAGGUGCAUAAUAACAUGCCUGAAGAUGAUGCUGGACCUUCGAUUUUCGGCGGAAAUGCGGUAUCUUACCAGCCUCAAUCUUCUACUUAUCAAGAUCUUCUUCCUACUCAUGCUUUUCUUCAACAGCCUUCAACGGCCUAUGAUAGUGGUUAUGGAGAGCAGGAUGAAGAGGAACAAGAUCAAGAUGAAAUCGCUUUGGAAGGACAAGAAGAGGAAGAUGAAGAGGAAGAAGAUCGAGAUGAGGUCUCUUACGAAGGACAAAAAGGGGAAGACGAUCAGGAUGAAUUGAGUGACGAGGACGAUAGUCAAGGCUCUUAUGAUGAUCAAGAAGAAGAGCAGCUAGAAAAUGUGAAGCGACCUGUAUUUACGGAAGUGAUUGAGAUCGGAUCUUCCUCGGAUGAAGAUGAAGCCGAAGAUGAGGAAGAGCAACAGGUGGAAGAAGAUGAAGACGAGGAGGAAGAGGAAGGGGAGGAAGAUGGCGAAGAGGAAGAAGAUGAAGGGGAGGAAGACGGCGAAGAGGAAGAAGCGGAAGAGAUAGAAUAUGCGGAAGAUCGAGAUCAUACAAAUGCAAGUGACGGCAAGAGGAAUGAAAUACAACAAGAGGCAGAAGAUUCGAGUAGCGAUAGACAGGAAGCUGAGAAAGAGGAAGAAGAGGAAGCGAUUGUCAUCGAGGCAAACGAUAUAAUCGCAGAGGAAGUGUCGGAAGAAGUCAGUGAUACCUUCGAUGAAACACCAAAACCACCUGAAGAAGCCAUUAUGUAUGAUGGCGAAGUCAUCGAGGAUAGACAUUUCGUGCCAUCUGAAGUGCAAGAACCCAAUUAUGUGCAGUCAGAAGCUGUUACUCCCAGCUCGGUAUUGCCGAUGGAAAUGGAGGUGAUAGAAGUGGUUGAGGUUACUGAGGUUACUGGGGUACAGGCAACUGGGGGAGCCAAUACCAUCACCGGACCCGAACCCAUCAUGACCCCAUCAAUACAUGAUCCGAUAAUCUCUGAGUUGAUCCAAGAAUCUCAGAUACCUGUGGACCAACCUGUCUCUCAACGGGAGGACCUAUCAACAUCAAAAGAGGAUGCUAUCGAAUCACAGCAGGAAAAUCUCACUACACCUCAAUUGACAGACGAAUUCACGAUGGACGUUGAUGAACCGCCUAUCAAGGAUGAAAAUCUCGAAGAAGCGAACUUCAGCCCUUUUGACACACCAACCGCAUCAAACCCCUUGGAACCUUUCCACGCUGAAGAUUUCGUUGCUUUCGACUCAGUGAAAGCGGUGGAAUCUUCAGAUGGACCUAGUGUGACCAAUACACCUACCGUGGAGACAGCUGGAAUAGAAUUCAUGACAGUUGGUACCGCACUAUCGGACGACAUCAUGGCCAAUUCUAUCGAUGUUUUGCCAGACCCACGAGCCGGCCUACCAGACUCUCCAACGAUCAUGCCUGAAGUGUCCCACAUACAGCAACCACUGUCAGCAGUCUCUCCUUUUCUUGUCGGUGAACCAUCUGUCCAUCUUCCACCAGUGGAGAUAGUCACACCAGUUGAAGAACUCUCUCCUGAGAAUCCAACCGAUUUACCUGAUCCUAAGUUAUCGCCUCCAGACGCGGACAUUGCGAUGCCCUUCAUUCCACACGAUCUUCGACCGUCGAUCGAUCGAUCGCCUUCUCUGGCCGUGGAACCACCGGAGAAAGAUCCUCUUCCUGGCGAUGUGCCGACUGCAGCAGCAUCUAGGUCCAGUACACCAGUAUCGCUACCGGAUCCAACGGUUCCUCCUCCGAACACCUCAGCUCGUCAGCCCCUUGAUAUCCACACCAUGGUGCCUCAAGACCAUGUGACCCCUUCUCUUGUAGUGGAGAUCCCUCGAGAUCCGAUACCGGCUGAUAUCACUUCAGCUAUCUCAUCUCGAGCUGCCACCCCACCCGCUCUUCCCGAUCCUGGUCUUCCUCCUGCGGACACCCUGGUUACUGGACCCCUUGACCCUCAUGAUCUCGUACCUCAUCCUCCAUCUUCCCCAUCUCUCAUCGUGGAACCACCAGGAAGAGAUCCUGUACCAUCUGAUAUCCUUUCGGCACCCGGAACGAGGGCUGCCACCCCUACGGAAUUACCUGAUCCAGCGCUACCCCCACCAGACUCAUAUCUUCGAGCUCCACUCACUCCUCAUCAGCUGAUUCCAUCCGAAUACCCACAGACUCCUUCACUUCUAGUAGAAGCUGCUACCGAUUCUCCAGCCCAGACCAUGUCUCGAAACCCCUCAGCACUCGGGUCCUUCGUUCAGUUCUCUUCGUCAGAUGUGGACGUGUCGAGCGAAGGUGACGAUGAUAUUCAGGUCCAUGUCCGAUGGAUCGAGCCUGAAACAUCUACUCAAAGUAUUACAACAAACGUGGAGGAACAAGUGGAGGCAUCUGAAGGGAACGAAACUGAAGAUCAAAGUACACCAGCUGAAGGCCAAAAGAUGGACGGCGAGGAGCAGCAUAGCUUAAAUACAGCGACUGAAGAGGAGAAGGAGGCAAAAGAAGCUGCCAAAGAGACAUCCGAAGCUGCGCUAUCAGCUGAAGAGUCGCCGUCUGAGGCUGACAUACAAGUGGAUGUACAACAAGUAUCACCCGACGAACAAAGGGACAGGCCUGAAGAGGCUCAGGGACCCUUACCGUCGAGCGAUAACGAGGCAGAUCGUACAGCAAAGACACUUUGGGAAAGCAUACAGGAUGAUCACGAGCCAUCGAGUUCAAUUAUGCCUGAAGAGGUGCAUCAACCUGUAUUGUCGACAAACGAGGAACGCUCUGAGGAAAAAAAAACGGAAAAAGGAUCACCUCAAAAGGAAAAGCCGCCGCCCUUCCUACCUCAAGUCAGCGAAUCAACUAUAAUGCGGCUGUUCCAUCGACAUGGUUCACCUAGCAACGCGUCUGGACCUGGACCCGAGACCACCGCUCAUCAACGAACACGCUCACGUGGUCGUGCGUCCACUUCACUUGAGCCUCCGACUACUAGAUCGCACUGUUAUUAUGAGAAACUCAGGGUGGCCGACGAUGAUCUGACCGCUGUUAUUCUUGUACCACAUUGCGCUAUCCCCGGAUCCAAACAGCUCGAGCAGGAGACUUCUUAUGUGGAAGGUCGAUCUUCGGAAAGUGAAGAGACAGAAGGCAUGAAGCUUCAAAUGGAUCAUGAUCAUCCCAUAUUACUUCCUCAAUUGACAACGAAAAUUCGGCGCCUUGUUGGUAAUCAGCUGGUUGAUGAAGGACAUUGUUAUGUCCUUUAUGCUAAGGAGGACGCCAAAGUACCUGAAAUUGAGGAGAACGGUACUCCUAAAGGUACGCCACUUCGAGGACAUAGGAAGAGGAGAUCUAUGGGUGGAUCCGCAAGCCGACUUAGUACAGGAGGAGAUGAUGAGGAUUCAACUGUAUCGAUCCAAGUUGAAAGCUAUGAAACACCAUCGAAGAAGCGAGCUACAUUGUCACCUCCUGCAACUAGGAGUGGUAGAAAGCGUGGAACAGCUUCAGCUUCCGUCGAACCUGAGCUUGAAGCUGGUGCAACUCCUGCAAGAAGGGGUAGAGGUGGUAGACCGUCAAGCUCCAGGAAAGGGAAAGGAAGGGAAUCUUCAGUUACCUCCGAUACUGCAAGUCGGAUGUCCAACACCGCCUCUCCUGGUCCUACUCUCAGAAGAUCAGCUAGAAUGUCAAUAGCUAGAGGGGAAAACAUACCCGAGUUGGAGGAAGGUACACCAGUACCUGCUGAAGAUGAACUCGAAAGUAAAUCGGUCACUGCUUCUCCCGGUCCUCGGCUAGAGGAAUCUGAAUCACCCACCAAAGCAACACCUAGAAGAUCCACUCGGAUGUCACUGAGAGGUAAACAGAACGCUUCUACGGCAACACCUGAACCACAAGCUGAAGGCCAAGCCGACACUGAAGUAGACGAUCCUCUGGGGGUUGAGUCAGCUACACCCUUGGAAACGGCUCGAUUACGAUCACCGCGUAAGCCAAUAUCUUCAGCUAGUAAGAUCGACGAAGCUCCGUAUAGACCUGAAAGUGAAGAAGAGGAGGAGGAUGUAGAAGAGGAACAAGGAGGAGAUGACAAGCCACUGUCGAGCGCUCGAUCGACGCUGAGUGUCGAAAUACCAUCAAGUAAGAAGAGAAAAUCGAGGGCUUCCGAAGCUCAGAAUGCGAACGAGGAGGAUCUGAAGGAUGACUCUGCACCCGCUGCUUCAACCCGGAAAAGGAAGGCUAGAGCUGCUUCGAAGGAGCCUGAUGUGAUUGCCAACCCUGAUGAAGUGACCGUCGAUCAAGGAGAAACGGCGAUGAGGGAGACUAGAGGUAUGAAGAGAAGAGCGAUCGAGAGUAAGCUGGUUCCUGGUACACCAGUUCCGGAACCAGAAACAACUGGUGAGGAAGGUGAGGAUGAUGAUAUACAAGUCAAAGCGGAGACUUCCCCUACUUCGUCAACGAGAACUUCCAGCAGAAGCGGUGGUUGGUCAGGUAGAUUAAUGAAGAAAUUUGGAUGGGGACGCUGA